AAUCUCUCUCCCGGUCUCUUUUCGGGUCUCCUUCGUCUUCUCUGCCUCCUCUUUCAGCGCGCGACGUCGCCGUCGAUGACGAUGGAGUAGGACACCGGCCGGCCGAGCCCUACCUCUCGGCGUCGGUGGAUCUGUUUGUUAGAUCUAGACAACAAGUGCUGAAACCACAUCUCUGCAGAAUCUCAUUUCCUGUUUUAUUGUCCCUGCACAAGAAACAAAUUUUGGUGGACUAUUAUAAGAAAUCAUCUUUCAUGGUCUUGAUCAAGGGAUUCUUCCUUUUUGAAACAAAAGUAAAAUGGAGAUAAACCUAUAAGAGUUGGUGGACUGUUUGAAAAGAAUCCAGACAGUUGCACUGUGAUCCAAUGGAGUCUGGAAAAGGAGUUGGCCCUGCAAGCCAAAGAUUUCCACAGGGUUCAUCAGGCUCUGCUAACACCAAUGCGAGGCCUCCAGAGAUUAUCAUAUCAGGUGGUGUUAGGCCUGUACUAAAUUACUCAAUUCAAACAGGAGAAGAGUUUGCUCUUGAAUUUAUGCGAGAACGGGCAAUGUCCAAGAAGCCCUCUGUGCCAAUUACAUCCGGAGAUCAAAAUGUUGCCCCUGCUUACAUGGACUUGAAGGGAAUGCUAGGUAUUUCACACGCAGGUUCUGAAAGUGGAUCGGAUGUUUCAAUGCUUGCGACUGGUGGUAAUCAACCGUUAAAACAGGUGGAGAAAACAAUCUUGUCUGAAAUGGAAAAAAAGGGUCAGUAUGUAUCAUCAAGGUCAGUGCCACGAGUCUCAUCAGGUGAAGGGAGUAGUCGAGGAAUUUCUCAUGGGUAUACUUCUUCUGAGUCUUCUGAUAUAUCGUCAAAAAAAAUGAAGUUCCUCAGCAGCUUUGGUGGUAAGAUUUUGCCUCGACCAAGUGAUGGAAAACUCAGGUAUGUAGGAGGUGAUACACACAUUAUUCGAAUAAGCAGGGACAUUUCCUGGCAAGAACUCAUGCAAAAGACCAUGGCAAUAUACAACCAACCGCAUACUAUUAAAUAUCAACUGCCAGGGGAGGAUCUUGAUGCCUUGGUGUCAGUUUCGUGUGAUGAGGAUUUGCAAAAUAUGAUGGAGGAGUGCAGCAUCCUAGAAGGUGGUGAGAGAUCACAGAAACCCAGGAUGUUUCUAUUUUCUUCAGGUGAUUUCGAUGACACACAUUUUAGCCUGGGCAGUAUGGAGGGGGAUUCUGAAAUUCAGUAUGUUUUUGCUGUCAAUGGCAUGGAUGUAGGAGCUGGAAAGGCUCCAAGCGGGCAUGGCUUGGCAAGCACAUCAGGAAGUGACUUGGAUCAGUUACUCAGUUUUAAUGUUGAAGCUGACAGAGCCAAUGCAACCAGAGUUGCUACCGCACCUGUGGUGCCUGCUACUACUUUAUCUAUGCAGAUGCAGGCAAGUCUUUCUAGUAACUAUGAUACCCAUUUGCAUUCUUAUCAGGACCGUGACAUCCAUUAUGAGGAAGGUGACCAUUAUGUAUACACCACCAGCCACCCUUCUGACAGAUUUCACAAUUUAGAUAGCAGGAUUUCCAUCCCUAUGUCUGUGCCAUCUGAUUAUGAAUAUAAUUCUCAGUGCACACACAUCAGAGGAACUUCUGGUCCAAUGCCAAUCCAUGAUCUUCCAUCUCUCCAUCAAGGCAUGCAAGAAGGGCUACACAGUGGGAUAGAUUCACAUGAUCAAGAAGUAUCAGCUAAAGAAUCAAAGUUGGCAGUAGACAGUUCCUCUCAGAAAAAAAAUGAAGGUGAGAAUCUCCGAUCUCUGGAAAAUGCAUUUACUGCAUCCAUGCAACAGCAUGAUGUUUCAACUUCAAAUUAUAUGCAAGCCGAGGUACCCUAUGUUGCUUCUGCACCAGAGCAUUUAACAUCUGUGCCACCUAUAAGACAUAAGCACAUAGAGCCUGCACCAGUUUCAUCAUCAGCUGAUGCUGUAAGUGCUGGUCAGGGUUCUGAGUUCAAUGAAGAUGAGUGCUGCUCAUCCGGUGAAGCUUUUACAACUGGAUUUUCUGACUACAAGGCUGAUAUGACUGAUCUAGGGUACAAUGAUCCACCUUCACGUCCUUUCCGAGUCUAUCAGUCUGAGAUGAUCCCUAGAGAGCAGGCAGAGUUCCAUAAUCGCUUAUCAAAAUCAGAUGAUUCAAUUGGUUCUCAAUUUCUAAUGCUUCACUCACGUCCUGGUGUGGCUCAGGAAUCUAUUGCUGAAGCUCUUGAUCCUUCGCAUGAAGGAAAUCUAGUUUUUCAGCCUGAGAAGUCUUCCUUAGUGAUGGGACCACCACUAGAGGAUGGUUUAAUGCAGUCCGAAAAAUAUAAAGAGCUGGCUGAUCAAAUCACUCAAAAGAGUCACUGCAAGCCCAUCUUAGCUCCUGAAGGAUCAGAAAUUGCAAAAUUUCCUCGUCAGCCUAUUGGUGGUAAUGAGCCCUUGACUGGUCAGGCUUGGCAUGAUCUGGAGGUGCAUGCAGUAUCUGACCAAACUGAUGUCAUGAGUUGUGAACAGAGCCGUAAAACAGUGAGGAAGACUCAGACAUCUGAAUUGAGUCAUGCACCUCUUGCCUCAGUUGAUGAUAAAAUCACUAUCAAUGAGGCCAGACAUGUAGAAAAAGGUCCGACCAUUGUGGAAAAAAAUUUGGUCAAAAGCUAUUUCAACGAACCCACUGUUGAUGGAGCUGCCAUUAAGCAGCAAGGUAGUCCUGCUGUUGAUACACACACGACUGAUGCUACAGAUUAUUCCUCGGCUUUCCACUGGACAGGGAGCGGUACUCUUGCUGCUUCUCAAGCAGAACCUUCUGUUCCUCCACCAGAGCGGAGAGAUAUUAUUAUGAAUAACAAUGAUCGAUUCCCUCCUGAUCUGUUAUCUGAUAUCUUUUCAAAGGCUAGGAUUCCUGAGGAUUCAUCUAGAUUAGGUCCCCUCUGCAAAGAUGAUGCUGGCCUCAGCUUGAACAUGCAAAACCAUCAACCUCAGCGGUGGUCUUUCUUCAGAAAUCUGGCCACUGGUGAGUUUGGACGUAACGAUGUUUCUCUCAUGGAUCAAGACCACCUUGGUUAUGCAUCUUUGCUUACAAAGGUCGAAGAGGGAGUUUCUAGGCCAUAUCCAUUUGCACCUUUGGAAAAUGAGGGAGUUGAUUUAAGUUACAUGGAAUCCCAAAUUGAUUUUGAUGGGGCAAUGCAACAGGAGGCGUCAAGCAUCACUAUAGAUGAUACAGGCAUCUUGAACCCAAGUUUUAUACCAUCACAGAUUGCUCAUCCUCAUGUAAUGGACAAGGGUGAAGGUUUGCAAGUAGAGAAUCCUUUCUCGAAGUUGGGAGAGAACUUAAGAGCAAAUGCUUCGGAAUAUGAGGAAUUGAAAUUUGAGGUUGAGGAUGUUGCUGGGUCAGCUAUAGAUACUUCUAUGGGCGACUUUGAUCUCAGCAAUUUGCAGAUCAUAAAGAAUGAGGAUCUUGAAGAACUGAGAGAACUAGGUUCUGGUACAUUUGGAACCGUGUAUCAUGGAAAAUGGAGGGGCACUGAUGUGGCCAUAAAGCGAAUAAAGAAGAGCUGCUUUACAGGUCGAUCAUCUGAGCAAGAGAGACUGACCCUGGAGUUUUGGCGGGAAGCUGAAAUUCUUUCAAAGCUUCACCAUCCAAAUGUGUUGGCUUUUUACGGGGUUGUGCAAGAUGGCCCAGGAGGUACCUUAGCAACUGUUACAGAAUUCAUGGUUAAUGGUUCUCUCAGGCAUGUUCUACUGCGGAAAGACAAAUAUCUUGAUCGUCGAAAACGGCUUACAAUCGCAAUGGAUGCAGCUUUUGGGAUGGAAUAUUUGCAUUCUAAAAAUAUUGUACACUUUGAUUUGAAAUGUGACAACUUGCUUGUCAACCUCAAGGACCAAUCACGUCCCAUUUGCAAGGUAGGUGAUUUUGGCUUAUCAAAAAUUAAACGAAAUACCUUGGUUUCUGGAGGUGUGAGAGGAACGCUACCAUGGAUGGCUCCAGAAUUACUAAAUGGAAGCAGCAAUAAGGUGUCUGAGAAGGUGGAUGUGUUCUCCUUUGGCAUCGUCAUGUGGGAAAUUCUUACAGGGGAGGAGCCUUACGCCAACAUGCAUUAUGGGGCGAUCAUAGGAGGAAUUGUGAACAAUACGCUGAGGCCACCUGUGCCGGCCAACUGCGACCCAGAAUGGAGAAGGCUGAUGGAGCAGUGCUGGGCCCCUGAUCCAGUUCAACGACCACCCUUCGCUCAAAUUGCCAGUCGGUUGCGUGCUAUGUCUGUGGCCAGUCAAACAAAACCAGCAAAAUGAUGAGAAACCAGUACUGAUGCAUAUGGCGCUUGUAUUGUUGUUGUCAUCUUAUAGACUAUAAAAUCUCAUAAACCCUGUAAGAUAUGCGUGCAACAUGUAUUGUUUUGAGGAGAGAGAUGGAUUAGAUCCCAUCAUCUGUGUCAUAAUUAUUUUGAA